GACAAGGAAGAGCGUCUCUAUGGAGGGCUAAUGUUAGUCUCCGGACAGCAAUCCGAUCAGGACCGCGCGUGUCGUUUCAGCUGUAGAUUUGGGUUUCUGUGAAGAGAACUUGCGUGUUCUCAUCCGGUCAUGACCCUCAGCCUGUCCCCUGCUGCCGUCUGUCAGUGCUUCACCCUGGUGUCCCUUUGCACCUCUGUGGCCGACCCAAACUGGAUCCAGAUCAGGAAUGGCAGCGACCCCAGCAGCGGGCAGCUUAUCUACGGCGUGGCCUUCACUCUGCAUGCUGCGGAGAACCUCACCAACACAGAUCCCCUGGGAGGAGUGAACGGGCUGGGAAUGUGUUUGCUGUACACCCUGGCUGCGGUGUGCUACGGCGCCAUCUUGCUCUCCAGCUCCUCCUUCCUGGCUGAUUUCCUGGGCAGCGCCCGGGCUCGUCCACGGCUGGUUGCAGCGCUGCAUAUCUGCACAGCGGUGUUGUGCGCGGGAGCCCUCGGCGUGUGCGGGACCUGCCUGUACGUGAUCAUCCGCAACCUGCAGAAGGGCCUGGCGGGGCGAUUCUGGGACGGCAACGGCGGUGGUGGGGGCAGGGCGUCCGACCUGCACCCCUCCCCCGGGGAGAGCUUCUACAUCGCGCUCCUGGCCCUGCUCUUCUCCGUCCUGGCCGCCGGCUUCGGCCUCCGGGGCUGCGCGGAGACCUCCCCGCACGGGGACUACAUGCCCAUCGAGCCGGGGGACAGUGACUGCGAGACCCCCGCCGCCAGAGAGCCGGCGGAGGAGUGGGGGGAGGUGUUCCCCGACUGGAACCGCUAGAGGAGAGACGCGCAGGUGCCGCUUCCCAGCCAGGUGGCCUUUUUUUUCCGUGCUGCGACCUCCACGGGACCAGGCUGAAGGGACCCAGUCGAGAGACCAAAAGCAUGACAAAACCCCCCUAAUGUUCCUUUGUUUAUUUGCUUAGCCGACGCCCGUACCCGGCAUGGCUUUGUGUGCUUGCACUUUUAUAUCUAUCACACUUACAGUAACCUCUCUGUGCAGCUGAAUUUUUAGUGGAGCAAAUUUGCUGUUGUGUCCCAGUGGACAACAGCAGUGUUGCACCAAGGCUCAGACUCCAGGGGCCCCUGAGGUCCAGAGUCCAGAGCAAUCUCUGGAACUGUGACCAAGACACCCCUGAAGGGUGAAGGAAGAAUAGGAGGGGCCAUUCUGGCCAAGCCAGACCGCUCAAAUGAUGGUGCACCAGGCCCUUUUACCCCCCAGUGACUGAUCCCAGAAUCGGUUCACCCAACUGCAACUAAACCUCAACAACCAGCGUGUGGAAAAAAAGGUGUUACUGAUCCAGGAUCAGUUCAUCGGGGAAGACUGAUGAAGCACUGGAAGAUGAAGGAUAGAGGGUCAGUUGACUGCACUCUGUCACUCAGCUGUAUACCACUACCACUGUGUUUUCCUGUAUCGUACAACUGGCCUUACUGUGAACACACCUCAAGUCAGCCUUGUUCACGCAACACCUACAAGUAACUUGCAGCGAAUUGCAAGUUCCCUUUUCUCCUAUAAAUAGGGUCCACUUCACACAGAGGGUGGUUAUAAGUGGGAAGA